UAGUGUAAUUAAGACAAGAAAAAAAUGAUUAUGUAAUAAUAAUCGAUAAGGAGGAGUGCAUGGCAAAGUGCUAUCUGAUUCUGACACGUGUAUACAAGAUAGAACCUUGUCUUUGAUUCCACAAUAAUCUAGAGAACAUCAUGUGUAACUAGAGUUUGAAAGAUGUUUCCAGAACGUUUGGGAGAAUACUCUUCACUAUCAUUUUCUGUCUUAAUAUAUAAAUAUAUAUAUCCAAAAAAGUAAAAGCUUCUCACCAAAUAUACAAACACCUCCUUAAGCAUCAAAUCUUCAUAACAGGUUCAAAGUAGUUGUUGUUUAAUUUGUGGUGUGAGAGAGAGAAGAGAAUUUGAAGAUGAGUUUGUUGGACAUGGAUUUGAGUGGUGUAAUGAACAAUCUGUUGAAUCAUAUUCAUGAAAAUCCUUCUAGGACUCAUGAGAAUAAGGAGAACAGAGGGAUUUCUAGUAUACCAGUUGACAUUUUGGAUACUCCUAAAGAGUAUAUAUUCUUCAUGGAUCUUCCUGGUCUCUCCAAGUCUGAAAUUCAGGUGACAGUUGAAGAUGAGAACACACUUGUCAUAAAAAGCAAUAGGAAAAGGAAACGCCAAGAUAGUGAAGAUGAAGGCUGUAAGUACCUUAGACUGGAGAGAAGAGCACCUCAGAAAUUUCUAAGGAAGUUCCGUUUGCCAGAAAAUGCUAAUGUGUCAGCAAUCACAGCUAAAUGUGAGAAUGGAGUUUUGAAUGUGGUUGUAGAGAAGCACACUCCACCUCCAAAAUCAAAAACAGUUGAAGUUGCCAUUGCUUAAGGGAUUAUUAUAUGUAUUUCACUUCUUUGGUGCUACAUUUUUUGUAGCUUUUUCCUUUUCUCCUUGCUUAGGAGUCUACACAAGUGCUUUUGGUUUGGCCUUUGUGAAUGUUUAGGUGGACAUUGAAGUGUGUUCAAUCAGUGUUUCUAGUUCUUAUGUGCUUAAGUUUUAAUGAAAUAUAAGAACAAUCUUCCGAAGGAUCAUUUUUAUGAAAAUAAUAUAUGUAAAAUUUGACUCA